AUGUGGAUCACUCUAUGUCUGUACCUGUCCAUUAACUGCAUUUCUGUAGUGUCAGUGGUCAGUGCAGGCACAUGUCGGCUUCAAGGACGCUUCAAGUUGAACGGGAUGUAUCAGGAUGGAGAUCUAAUACUCGGAGGCCUGUUUGAGGUUCAUUUUCUCACAGUGUUCCCAGAACUGAGCUUCAGAACUGAGCCAGAUCCACCAUACUGUGAGCAAUUUGAUAUGGCAAGCUUCCAGCAGGCACAGACUAUGGUUUUUGCAUUACAGGAGAUCAAUAAAAAUCCCAGUCUGCUGCCUAACAUCACUCUUGGUUACUAUCUGUAUGACAACUGUGUAAAGCUCGGAGUGGCAUUUCGUGCUGCAACAGCUCUGGUCAGUGGGACAGAGGAGUCCAUCUCCAACCUCGACUGUACUGGACCACCACCAGUGAUUGCUAUUGUCGGGGAUCCAGGGUCCACUCACUCCAUUGCGAUCUCCAGUGUGCUGGGGCUGUUUCGAGUGCCUAUGGUUAGCUAUUUUGCCACCUGCUCCUGUCUGAGUGACAGGAAGAAAUAUCCCUCUUUUUUCAGAACUAUCCCCAGCGAUGCCUUCCAGGUGAGGGCUAUGAUGCAGAUCUUGAGACAUUUUGGAUGGACAUGGGUCGGUCUCCUUUAUAGUGAUGAUGAUUAUGGAAUCUAUGCCGCUCAGUCCUUCCAUCAAGAGGUGCAGUUGUUUGGAGGGUGUGUUGGCUUUUCUGAAAUGCUGCCCCGUGAUAACAACCGCAGAGAUAUAAAGCGCAUAAGAAACACACCUAUAGUGCGCGCCAAUAAUUCAGAGCUCAGCUUCCUGCUGCUGCUGUCACUCAAACUGUGUUUUCUGUGUGUGCUGCUGUUUAUUGGUCGUCCACAGUUGUGGACGUGUCAGUUGAGACAUGCUGUGUUUGGCAUUAGUUUUGUUCUGUGCGUCUCCAGCAUUCUGGUCAAGACUAUGGUGGUAAUAGCCGUGUUCAAGUCAUCUCGGCCAGAAGGUAAAAAUGCAAUGAAAUGGUUUGGAGCAGCUCAACAAAGAGGCACAGUCUUGGUACUAACUGCCCUUCAGGUGGUGAUUUGUGCAGUCUGGUUAUCAAAUGCUUCUCCAACACCAUAUAAAAACAGUCAGUAUAUCAGGUCUAAAAUAGUGUAUGAAUGUGCUAUUGGUUCAGUGGUUGGAUUUGCUAUGUUGCUGGGAUACAUUGGAGUGUUGGCAGCUGUUAGUUUUCUGUUAGCUUUCCUGGCAAGAAACCUUCCUGAUAGUUUUAAUGAAGCAAAGUUCAUAACAUUUAGCAUGUUGAUCUUCUGCGCUGUGUGGAUCACAUUUGUUCCAGCAUAUGUCAGCUCACCAGGGAAAUAUGCAGUAGCUGUGGAGAUUUUUGCCAUCCUGGCUUCAAGUUUUGGAUUACUGGUGGCUAUAUUUGCUCCAAAGUGCUACAUUAUCCUCUUACGUCCAGAGAGAAACACUAAGAAAGCUGUCAUGGGACGAGCUAUGCAACAGAAAUAG